UGGUUCAUGGUGUGGGUUCCUGUUGUCAUGUCCUAGUUCAUGAACCACGGGCAACGUAUGAGUGGCCAAGUAAGUGGUCCUGAAAGUCGGGAUACCAGUUACUUUGGAAGAAGGCUGGGCAUCUCGGACAUAUUCUGAGUCGUGGUCACCUUUGUGCUCAUACGGCAAAGACUACCAAAUCCACCGGUUAGUCACUCAACCGUUAGGGGUAAAACCCAAUGGGACUCGGGGCAAGUAAGGCUAGCAACCUGCUUCCCUGGUACUUUAAAUAUGAUGCUGGCAUCAAUCAGAGCAAAAUGCCUCCGACCCUUGGAGGUGACGGAGUCCCACCUCUAACUGACAAACCAGGGACUCCUAAGAUACGACUUGGCAAACAAAUGGUAAUGAGAUGGGGAGCUAUUAAUAUCAAUGGAGGCUACUCAGGGCAGAGGCUGCAAGUAAGAUGGGGCUGGACGUUUUAGCUGUUAGUGACAUUCGGUUAAGGGGUGAGAAAGAAGAGGAAGUGAGAGAAUACAAGGUCUACCUGUAUGGAGUCAAAGCAGGAAUAGCAGAAUGGGGUGUAGGGCUUUACAUCAGGAAAGAAUUGGAACCCAGCGUAGUUGCAAUAAGGUAUGUAAACGAACGACUGAUGUGGAUAGAUUUGGCGGUGUCUAGCAAGAAAAUUAGGAUUGUGUCAGUAUAUUCGCAUUGUGAAGGGACAGAUCAAGAUAAGAUGGAUAGUUUUUAUGAGGCACUCAGUGAUGUAGUUGUUAGAGUAAAGGACAAGGACAGUGUUCUGCUCAUGGGGGAUUUUAAUGCCAGGAUUGGAAAUCGAACAGAAGUGUAUGAAAAGGUUAUGGGUAAAUUUGGAGAAGAUAUGGAGGCCAACAGGAACGGGAAACAACUCCUGGAUUUCUGUGCCACUAUGGGCUUAGUAAUCACAAACUCCUUUUUUAAACAUAAGAACAUUCAUCGGUAUACUUGGGAAGGCAGGGGAACCAGAUCUGUCAUUGACUAUAUAAUAACAAAUCAGGAAUUCAGGAAGGCUGUGAGGGACACACGUGUAUUCAGGGGAUUCUUUGGUGACAGCGAUCUCAGAAAGGUACCAGUCAGUUGAAUGUAGUCAAUUACAGUCAUUGGAAAAGGAAUGGACAACGUACAGGGACACAGUACUAGAAGUGGCUAAAGAAUGUCUUGGAACAGUAGUGUGUAAAAGUAGGAUGAAGCAAACAGCUUGGUGGAAUGACACAGUCAAGGAAGCCUGUAAAAGGAAAAAGAAGGCUUAUCAAAAA